GCUUGAUCGGGGGGACGAGCCCCGCCCCACGUCGUCCCCUUGGAUCCCCGGGAUCGGUCUCUGUGACACUCGCGGUAAAUCAGAACGCAAUAGAGCAAAAAUGGCCUCCUCGUUUGAAGGCAAAGUGAUUGCCAUUACCGGGGCUGGCUCGGGCAUGGGCCUGGCCACUGCAAAACUGCUGGCUUCUCGGGGGGCGAUCAUUUCCCUUGCUGACAUCAACGAGGCCGGCGUAAAGGCCGCCACCGAGUCCCUACCAGGUGGUAGCGACAAACACAUGUACAGUGUCGUCGACGUCCGAAUAAGUCAACAGAUCAACAGAUGGAUCGAGUCGACCGUGCAGAGAUUCGGCAAACUGGAUGGUGCUGUCAACAUGGCUGGCAUUAUUACCCCUGCCAAGCCAGUCGCGGAGGAAUCUGAUGAGACUUGGGACUUUACCUUUGCCGUCAAUGCCCGUGGUGUCUUUGCCUCUAUGAGAGCACAGAUCAACGCGAUGAAGAACGGUGGUGCCAUUGUUUCUGCCGCCAGUACUUUUGGCCAGAUGGGCUCAGCGGGUGUUUCUCCUUACUGUGCCAGCAAAGCUGCUGUCAUUGGCUUGUCGAGAGCAGCGGCAAAGGAAAACCCACACAUUCGGAUCAACUGCGUUGCCCCAGGCUCUGUCAACACUCCCUUGUCGAGGGGUGAGAAUCCCGAAGAUGUCAAACGAGGCCUUCAAGCAACUGUUCAAAAGAGAAGGGCAGAACCAGAGGAAAUUGCCACUGUGAUUGCUUUCCUGCUAAGCGAGGAAGCAUCAUUUGUUACCGGCGCUGUGUAUAACGUAGAUGGAGGCUGGAUGUGCUGAUAGGCACAAGCGAAAUAAAAAUCUACCGCAGUCGGGGGCCUGUGACUGAAAGGACCUAAAUAGAAGGCUACUAUUCAAAGCACUUUUUUAAACAGAGUAUCAGCGAAUUGACCUUUGAAUAUAUACAGAC